AUGCAUAAAUAUAAUUAUAUUCCAAAACAUGCAUGGAAUAACGAAAAGUUCAUUAACAUAUAUAAUCAUAACCUCUCCGUAGCUUUCAAAUACUACACCUUCAAUGAAGAAGAAAUUGAACAAGAAUUAAAACAAACAUGCGAAAAAAUCCAAAAUGCUGCUUUGUUAGCAGUUAAGCAGUUAAGCAGUUUAAACAACAAAUCUGUAAGUAUUCGAAAUCAUUGUGGACAACGGACCUUAAAAAAUGCAAAGAAAAUCUUUCAUUUAACUAUAAACAAUGGCAAAAAUCUAACUAUAAUAAAACACAAGAAUGCAUUGAAUACAAAAGAUACAACUUUUCACGCAAAAACUUCCGUAAAGCAGUUAAAGCAGCUCAUAACAAAAAGAUAUAAAUAUUACGAAAAAACUAUAAAUAUUGAAAAUCUUCGAACCACUAAUCCUCAGAGGUUCUGGGAUAACAUCCGUAAAAUCAAAACUAAAGCAACAAAUCGAUUAUUUACAAUUAACAAAUCGCAAAAUAUAAAAGAUAUCGUUCAAGAGUUUAGACAACAUUUUCAAACUCUUCUCAAUACGCCUCUUAUUUUAAAUAAUAACCAUAAUCCUUCUCAAAUUCCAUCUCUAAGUAAAGAGCCUAAUUCACUAAUCAUAACAUCAGCUGAUAUUAUAAAUUGCAUCUCACAAUCAAAUAGUAAUAAGUCCCCAGAUGGGUUAAGUGGGUUAAGUGCUGAACACCUUAAAAACUCUCAUAAUAAUAAUCUUCUUUUGUCGCACUCUAAAUUUUAUAACAGUAUUCUAUCGAAUGGAAAAGUACCAAAUGAUCUAUCAACUUCAACAAUUAUUCUACCUGUUAAGUCAUAUGAAAAAUCUCUUAAUAAUCCAGAUAAUUAUCGAGGAAUUAGUAUUUUACCUAUCUUUACUAAACUUCUAGAAUAUCUAAUACUACGAAUAUGUCCAAGUAUAACAGAUAGCCAUUCCCAUCAAUUUGGUUUUAAAAAAAGCAGUUCUACUCUCCAUGCAGAAUUUUUACUGAGCAAAACUGUUAUGCACUAUAAAAACAAUUACACGCUUUUAUAUAUGUGCAGUUUAAAUGCUAAUAAAGCUUUUGACACUUGCAACUGGGAUUUGCUAUUUGAGAAGCUGUAUUUCCAAAAAAAACUUCCGUUGUCUGAGUACACACUAUAUCAUCCCUUUAUCAUUCUGGUUCUGCAAACAUAUCCUAUCAAGGUGUUACCUCAAAUCAAUUCAGUCUAUCACAAGGGGUGCAACAAGGGUCUAUUCUAUCGCCGCAUUUAUAUAACAUUUAUACUGAAAGCAUCCUAA